AUGGCCCCCCCGUCCUCUCUCAGUACCCGCUUAGAGGACGAGUCAGAUCGCCAAUAUGGGCCAAGUCUCACCAAGCGACGCAAGCGAGCCUCAACGGCGGACGCGUCGAGACCCUCCCCUCGCGAGAUCGGGUACAUGAGAGAGCCCCAGAACGAUGGAUCUGCCAGCUUUCUUGGUAGCUCCAGUGGGAUCCACUUUGUCCGGCGUGUUUAUAGUGCAUUUGCUCGACGCUCAGCGGAUCUACAGCAGAUCCGGGCUGAUGAGAGCUCGGUGCCUGGAGAAGAUGAUCGCUUACAGCGAGACUCUGGGCAUCACGAUACCAGUGAGCUAUGGAAAAAGGAAGAGGUGGAUUUUUCCUCAACGGCUACAUUUUCCUUUGAUGAUCUGACUCACUGGACCCUUCAAUACUUUGAAAAUUGGCAUCCGAUUUUUCCCUGUCUUCAUGCACCCACGGUUCUUAAGGCCAUGGAGAAGAUCGGAAGUGAUGGCCUAGACUCAAUUGACAGACUUGAUCUAACCAUCAUCCGCUGUCUUGUUUCGAUAUCAUUGGCGGAUAGCCGACAGGUUCAGACCUCCACGUUGAAAAUGCGCUCUGUCCCCGUGCCUUUGGUAUUCCAGACUGUGAAGCACAUUAUGCAAGAGAUACAAUGCUUGUUAUCGGAGCCAACUGCGCUUCCACUAUUACAAGCUGCAUUCACCGCUCAGCUCACCCUGACUUCCCUUUUGCGCCUUAAUGCUGCAUCUCGUGUGGGCGGGAUCAUUACCCGAACAGCUUUCCAUUUAGGUCUGCACAGAUGUCCUGGUCGCUUUGCCUGCUUCAGUAAGGAAGAGGUUGGUAUUCGAAAGCGUCUUUUUUGGUCAAUUUACUCUCUUGAGCGAUAUUUGUCCCAGGCUCUAGGUGUUCCUCUUAGUAUUCGAGACGAUGAUAUUGACGUUUGCUAUCCUGGCGCUGAAAGACACGGAAAUCCUUCCGGUCAGUCUGACAUCGGCCGACUUAAGUUGCAAUGCUACCUUGCCAAAUUUGCCAGAAUACGAGGUUUGAUUCUGGAGUUGCGCAACAAGUCUAUCCUGCAUAGUCACGCUGGCACGGUCGAGGCAUCGCAUGUAAACGGUGAACUGUCUCAAUGGUGGAAUGAAGUUUACGACGAAGUAAACCCCAUUGAAAGCGCAUCAGAUGCAGAUCUCGAUCCAAGUGCGAUACUUGCUCCCUAUCAUCGACUUUUGCUGGUGAUUUUAAGACAUGAAGCCAUCAUAUCUAUGAACCGGCCUCUUCUCGCCGCUGAGGAACCCAAUCCCGAGUACAAGAAUGCCCUACAAACGUGUAUUGGUUCUUCGCGAUCCUUGCUUGCUGCACUGACGAGAUUCAAGUCCUCGUCUGAUGCUCCCCUCACAUGGCCAUCUUUCACCUGGACAACAUGGAUGGCCUGUCUCGUAUUGAUGUACGCAUCUUGGGAAGGCGAGCUUCCCGUGACUACAGCUAUAAAGUAUGCUAGAAUGGGUAUUUCUGUGCUUGAAAAUCUUACUCUUCGAGGAAGUAGCUGGCCAGAGACAUGUAUUGAAGCGAUCAGAAGUAUGGAGUCGGCUUUGCUAUUGAACUUCCCUUCUCAAGAACCAUUUACAGGCUUCCUUACCAACGGGAUGAGUCUCCCAGAAUAUCAAACUAGGUCUCCGAACAACACGCCUCGACAGCCUGUGCGUGCGAACACAACAUUUGCUUCUGGUCACCAAGGGAGAAAUGAUCAAGCUAUCCUAUCUUCAACUGGCGCGCAAAGAUUCGGAACACAGACAAAUCCUACCACGCGGGAUUCUGGGGAACCGACUGAAUUUACAAUCCCACAUGAUAACCAAGGCUCCGCAUUUGAGCUUUCGUCGUUCGAGGCAUACUCGGCUGGUCAGAGCUCAGCCGGUCUUAUAUUUGGAAGUAUUUCAAACACAAAUGCACAUCUCUACCCGGUGAAUAUAGGCCAAGAUUCUCAGCCAUUUUCGGAUGGAUCUUUCUUUAUGAAUGAUCUAUGGAGUGUGGCAGAUGGGCCAUGGAUAAUUGAUGGCAAUCUACUGUGA